AUGAGUGAAAUUCAUCUCGACGCUUUUCCGAAUAGCUCCGAAGUUCAAAACAAUUUAAAACGAGUUCUGUACGUUGGUAAUCUUGAUGAUAACGUUACGAAAGAAAUUUUGGAAGCAGCAUUCAUACCUUUUGGUGACAUUCGAACAAUAGCUAUCCCUAAGGACCGUUUAACAGGUAAACAUCGAGGAUUCGGUUUUGUUGAAUAUGAAGAAGAAGAAGAUGCUCAACAUUCCAUUGCUAAUAUGCAUGACUCAGAGCUGUAUGGUCGUGUUCUCACGGUCAAUUUAGCUCGAACUCCGGCACGUGAACCUGGAAAAAAAUAUAUUCCAGUGUGGAAGGAUGAGACUGUAAUGCAACUGCAAUAUAAUGUUGCCCCGGAAAAUUUAAAUUCGGGAAAUGUUGAAGAAGACCAAGCUUUGGAAGCGUUAAUGAAAUGUUCAGAGGCGCAAGAAAUUAUGGAAAGAAAGACUGCAGUGGUAAAAGACUCAAAAGAAGCCGUGGCAUAA